CGAAAGGAAGCAUUUGGAGGUCGUGGAACUUGGGUUAGGAAAGUUUGGUUGAUUUUGAAGUGUUCUGCAAAACUGCAUCUCGCACAAACAGUCUCAUUAUGCAAAUUGAGUUUAUUAUUGUGUUAACGAGCUUGAUAGCCGGGGCUACGGCAGGUUGGCGGAUCCAAACGGUUGAUGACCUUCUGCGCAACCGGAACAAGUGCGUCAAGAUCCUGGAGCUGGAGGAUGCCUUCGAGGAGGAGUUUGAAGGGCUUUUUGAAUUUUCCGACCUGGACUCGGCCAAGUGUAUGAUCAAGUGCAUCAUGAACCGGAUGGGACUGUUCAACGACAAGCGGGGUCCGCACGUGGGACGUCUCGUGAAGCAGAUGAAGUUCGCGUCAGCCUCGAGUACGAAGGACAUCCGCUCGGAGAUUGUCAACUGUGUCAACCAGAACACGACGAUAGAUCCGGAGGCACGCUGCGAGCGGGCUUACGCACUCUACCAGUGCAUCCAGAACAGCAACCUGAUACAGCUGCAGUCGCCUAAUGGGAGGACGUGAUGAGUUUCAAUCAGCAGUGUACGCAUCUAUUGUGAUAGUCAGUCGUCGAUCACGCCACCUCCUGUAAUCAGAAAUGGUGUUUCCACCGUAUACAAAAGUAAAAAGUCAUGCGAUCAAUGCGUUGGUCCAGCAUGGCUUUGUAGCGUUAAGAAAGCAAACAAACACACACAAUCAGCAGUCAUUCUUCUCUAUUAUCAGCAAGCUCUUUUGAAGGCACACCCUACCACACCGUAGUUUACAUAGCAAAAAUACUCACAACUGUAAAUAAACUCAUUUAUAUAUAAGUCAGUGUACCCAUUAUGAUACGGUUUAUCACUGGAAAAGAAUGUAAGGAAUGUUUUUGUUUCCACAUAUCAUUGAAAAAUAAACAUAUAAUUUUACUACUUA